AUGAAGAAACAAUUAACCAACAGGUCGUUAGAUAACCCUUACGCUUUUCUCUUGCAGUGUGUCAAUCUGCUAGUUGGAUCUCGUGCAAUGCUGGCGAUUUCUACAAUUCGUCUACCUCCGGGUUUGGCAAAGGCGGGUCAUUGGGUGUUUCUAACGAACCUUUCACUUUUCAUUACUGUGGCAUACAAUGUUUUAACUAUUGUGACAUAUGCCUCGAGGUCCACAAAGCUGUUCGAAUUACACAGAUAUCUGCAUUUAAUUGCCACAGUCUUGGAAUUAACAGUUUCCACUGUAUACUGGCCUUUGAGACUUUGGUUUCUCCAUCUGAUCGCUGCCAAAGGUGUUGGGAUUCCAAUGAGCUUGGAUUUAUCAAUUCAUGCGAUGCCCGCUCUCACUUUACUGUUGGAUUUCUAUCUUUUCCUGCCUAACUGGAAUAUCUCGAAACGGAAUGCGUUGGCUUUGGUUACCACUCUGGCAUAUAGCUACUGGUUCUGGCUUUACAUCAAAAUGGAUGAGACCUCGAUUUACCCCUACCCCUUUUUGAAUGUCUCCACGGGAAAGAGAGCUGUGAUUUUCGUGGUUGUGGCACUAGUAGCGUUUACACACUUCUUGAUACAUCGACUUAUACAUUCGCGCUUGGUCAAAGCUAAGAAGAUUAGAAAGGAUUGA